AUGAAUGUAUUAAAGUUACAGAAAAAGUUCCCUAUAUUAGAUCAAUCUGAUAUAUUUACUAUAAUUGAAGAUUUUAGAUCAAUUGAUUUAGAUGAAAAAGGUUGGGUUGAAAAAAAAGAUGUUAUAAAUUCAAUUUCAAAAAAAGGUAAAUUUACUUACGAUCAAGCAAGAGAAACUUUAAAACAUGUUGAUGUAGAUGCUUCUGGUCAUGUAGAAUUAGAUGAUUAUGUCGAAUUAAUUGCUAAAUUAAAAGGAGGAAAUGAAGAUGACUCGUCAAAUACAAAUGAUAAUAUUGUUAGCCCUGGCAAAAUCAAGAAAAAAGCACCACCUAUUCCAACUGCAAAUGCUAAAAAUAAAACAUAUAUUGAAGGUAAAACGUCAGGUACUACUCAUACAAUUAAUGAUGAAGAACGUUCAGAAUUUACAAGACAUAUUAAUUCGGUUUUAAGUGGAGAUAUUGAUAUUGGUGAUAGAUUACCUUUUGAUACUGAAACUUUCCAAAUUUUUGAUGAGUGUAGAGAUGGUUUAGUAUUAUCUAAAUUAAUUAACGAUUCCGUACCUGAUACAAUAGAUACAAGAGUUUUAAAUUUACCAAAAAAGAAGAAAUUAAACAAUUUUCAAAUGAAUGAAAAUGCAAAUAUUGUUAUUAAUUCAGCUAAAGCUAUUGGAUGUGUUGUUGUUAAUGUUCAUUCAGAAAAUAUAAUUGAUGGUAAAGAACAUUUGAUAUUAGGUUUAAUUUGGCAAAUAAUCCGUAGAGGACUUUUAUCCAAAAUUGAUAUUAAAUAUCAUCCUGAAUUAUAUAGAUUAUUAGAAGAUGAUGAAACAUUGGAAGAAUUUUUAAGAUUACCUCCAGAACAAAUAUUAUUAAGGUGGUUCAACUACCAUUUGAAGAAUGCUGGAAGUCAAAGACGAGUUGCUAAUUUUUCAAAAGAUGUAUCUGAUGGUGAAUGUUAUACUAUUUUAUUACAUCAAUUAGUUCCAGAUGUCUGUGACUUAUCUCCAAUGAAAUAUCAAGGCUUGGAAAGGGCUGAAAAAGUAUUAGAUAAUGCUGAUAAAAUUGAUUGUAGAAAAUAUUUAACACCAACUUCAUUAGUCAGUGGAAAUCCAAAAUUAAAUUUAGCUUUCGUUGCUAAUUUAUUCAAUACCCAUCCUGGUUUAGAAGCAUUAGAAGAAGAUGUUAAAAUUGAAAUUGAUGAAUUCGACGCUGAAGGAGAAAGAGAAGCUAGAGUAUUUACAUUAUUCCUUAAUUCAUUAGAUGUUGAUCCAACAGUUAUAAAUUUAUUUCAUGAUUUACAAGAUGGUUUAAUCUUAUUACAAGCUUUUGAUAAAGUUGAACCUGGUACAGUUUCAUGGUCUCAUGUGAAUAAAAAAACAGGAGAUAGAGAUUUAAUGAAAUUUAAAGCAUUGGAAAAUUUAAAUUAUUCAAUCGAAUUAGGAAAAUCUUUAGGUUUUUCAUUAGUUGGAAUUGAAGGUGCAGAUAUAAAUGAAGGUAAUAAAUUAUUAACUUUGGCUUUAGUCUGGCAAUUAAUGAGAAAAUCAAUAACUCAAACUAUUGGAGAUAUAUCCGAUGCUGAGAUUUUAAAAUGGUCAAAUGCAAAUGCUGGUGAUUCUAUUAGAUCAUUUAAAGAUCAAAAAUUAUCCGACGGUAUUUUUGUUUUAAGAUUAUUGAAAAAAUUUAAUAAUUUUGAUUGGGAUUUAGUUCAUGAGCCAGCAAGAACCGAUGAUGAAAAAUAUGAAAAUUGUAAAUUGGCUAUUUCCGUUGCUAGAAAAGUUGGUGCUUUAAUUUGGUUAGUUCCUGAAGAUAUAGUUGAAUUAAGAUCAAGAUUAAUUUUCAGUUUCUUUGGUUCAAUCUACAGUUUAUAUAAUUGA